AUGUUCCAUUCUGCUUCAAACGCAGGUGGAUACAGCGACGCUAACGCCAGUUUUCAUCAACACCUUCAACAGUCGCCAGUUUACGUCCCAAGCAAUCGAGCCAUGCCCCAGUACACAUCCCCAGCAAGCAGCCACUUCGGAGCAGCUCACCAAGGUGGAUGGCAUACCGGUAGUGGUUAUGGUGAAAUGACUGCUCCAACUCCCCAUGGACUAGGAACGUCGCCUCACCAUGCUGGCGCUCUAGCUGGACAGUUUUAUGCCCAGAAUAUGAUGAUGGGUGGAUGGAGACCUUAUGAUAGUACUGGAUUUCAACGGACUAGUCCAUUAAAUGUGUACGACAUCAGAAAACUGAAAUGUAGCGAAGCAAAAGAAACAGUCAGCGACAUAAAGAACGAAGACAGUAAAAACAAGACAUGA